AUGCCCGAUACACCCCGCUUACCGAUAAACAGGGACGAGAGUUUCAAUUCAAUUACGGGACUGAACGGAUCUGGAAAAUCGAACAUACUCGACGCAAUAUGCUUCGUGCUGGGUAUAAACAACCUGAGUGUAGUUCGAGCGCAGAACCUCCAAGUACAAACGGCCGUUGAUCUCAUUUAUAAGCGCGGUCAAGCUGGCGUCACGAAAGCGAGCGUUACUAUCGUCUUCGACAAUCGCGACAAGUCUAAGAGCCCGGUCGGCUUCGAAGAGAAUGCGCAAAUAUCUGUGACGAGGCAGAUUGUCCUGGGAGGGGCGAGUAAAUACCUGAUCAACGGGCACCGAGCCCAACAACAGAGUAUCCAGAAUCUGUUCCAGUCUGUACAGCUGAACAUCAACAACCCAAAUUUUAUGAUUGCACAGGGAAAGGUCAUGCAGGUGCUGAACAUGAAGGCAAAAGAGAUAUUGGCUAUGCUGGAAGAGGCGGCAGGAACGCGCAUGUUUGAGGAUAGACGGGAUAAGGCCUACAAGACGAUGGCGAAGAAGGAGAUGAAGGUGCAGGAAAUCCAAGAGCUGCUACGGGACGAGAUUGAUCCUAAACUUGAAAAACUACGACAGGAGAAGCGCGCGUUCCUGGAGUUCCAAUUAACACAGAGCGAGCUUGAACGUCUCACCAAGCUUGUCGUUGCACAUGACUACAUACGAUACAACGAGAGGCUACAGCAAUCUGCGGACGAUCUUGAGGCCAAGAAGACAAGGGCACAUAAUUUAGAGGAGUCAAAAGUGCGGAUGACAAGGGAAAUUGAACAUUUGCAGGAAGAUAUCAAGCAAGUCAAAGCUACACGUGAGAAGGAACUCCGCAAGGGUGGCAAGUUUCAAGCUCUUGAAGAGGAGGUCAAGGCACACUCACAUGAAGCUGUUCGCCUGACGACUGUCCUGGAUCUCAAGAAAACGAGCAUGUCUGAGGAAGUUGAUCGCAAGAAAGGCAUCGAGGCAAACGUCGAACAGUUGGAGCAGCAACUUCAAGAGAAGAAAGAGACUUAUGAGAAACUACAGGAACAGUAUCAGGCUGCGUUUGCCGAUUUAGAAAAGCAGACUAAAGAGGUCGAGGAAAAGGAAGAGCUCUUGCAGACCCUUCAAACCGGUGUAGCGUCCAAAGAAGGCACAGAGGGCGGUUAUCAGGGUCAAUUACAAGACGCAAGAAAUCGUGUAAGCGCAGCUGCUACAGAACAAGAGCAAAGCAAACUCAAGAUCUCCCAUCUUGAGAAGCAGAUCAAGGAAGACGAGCCUAAAGCAAAGAAGGCCAAACAACAGAACUCUGGUCUUCUCAAGGACCUGGAGUCGCUCAAGUUGCAGGCUAAGAAGCUCGAAACAGAAUUAACAAGACUAGGAUUCGAUGAAGGUCAAGAAUCUGAAAUGUAUCAACAAGAAUCACAUCUUCAGGCGCGGAUACGAGAACUCAAGCAACAAGCUGACGGCCUGCGGCGGCAGGUUGCCAACAUUGAUUUCAGCUACAGUGACCCAUCGCCCAACUUUGACCGAAGUCGGGUGAAAGGUCUUGUUGCUCAACUUUUCACGCUAGAAAAGGAGCACACAAGAGCCGGGACAGCACUGGAGAUCUGCGCCGGUGGUCGGCUAUACAACGUUGUAGUCGACGAGGCAUCGACCGGUAAACAGCUGCUAGAAAAUGGCCGGCUUAAGAAGCGAAUCACCAUCAUCCCACUGAACAAAAUCGCUGCUUUCAGAGCUUCCGCAGAGAAGAUCGGUGCCGCACAAAGGAUUGCCCCAGGCAAGGUUGAUAUAGCUUUGUCGCUAAUAGGUUAUGACGAGGAGGUCACAAAGGCCAUGGAGUAUGUAUUCGGAUCAACGCUUGUGUGCGAAGAUGCAGAGACCGCGAAACGGGUAACCUUCGACCCAGCCGUGCGAUUGAAGAGCGUCACACUUCAAGGUGACACCUAUGAUCCUGCGGGUGUACUGUCUGGUGGUAGUGCGCCUCAAGCCAGCGGUGUACUCAUCACCCUACAAAAACUUCAUGCUAUCACCACAGAGCUUAGCUCACACGAGGCUAAGCUCAUGCAGCUUCAGGCCAAAAUGGCCAGGGAAAAGCAGAAGCUCGACGCCGCACGGAAAUCGAAACAAGAGCUUGAUCUCAAGAAUCACGAGAUCAAACUUACCGAAGAGCAAAUCGGCGGUAAUUCAUCGUCAUCGAUUAUUCAGGCGGUUGAAGAGAUGAAGCAGACGAUUGCACAGCUCAAGGAAGAUGUUAAGACUGCUAAAGCACGCCAAGAUGAAGCAAGCAAGGACAUUAAGCGCAUCGAGCGAGAUAUGAGCGACUUCAACAAUAACAAGGACAGCAAGCUAGCUGAACUGCAAGCUUCGCUGGAUAAGCUGAAAAAGGCUUUGAGCAAGAACAGUGCAUCUAUCAAGCCUCUGCAGUCGAAAAUGCGUGAAGCUAUGGUUGACUCUGAGCAGUGCGGUAGCGAUCUUGCAGCGGCACAGGAGCAACUUGAGGAUGUGCAGACUACACUGCAAUCGCAACAGGAAGAGCUUAACGAACUCUUGGCCGAGCAAGCUCGGGUGAAGGAUGCACAUGACAUUGCACAAGCUCGUUUGUCGGACGAGCAAGCCAAACUGACAGGUUUCGACGAAGAACUGCGUUCACUCGAGGAUGCGAUUCGAAAGAAGAACUCCUUGAUCACAGAAGGUAACCUGGAGCACCAGAAACUCGGCCAUGAGAUCGAGAGGUUCCACAAGGAGCAAGAAGAUGCUGCAAGCCAUGUGCAAGCGCUCGAGAAAGAAUAUGACUUUAUUGCCAGCGAUUCCGAGCUGUUCGGCCGAGCCGGCACAGUGUACGAUUUCAAGGGAGUAAACAUGGCUGAUGCAAAAGCAAAGCGGAAAGCUCUUGAAGAGCGAUUCAAACAAAAGAAGAACAAGAUCAAUCCAAAGGUCAUGGCUAUGAUUGACAAUGUGGAGAAGAAGGAGGCGAGUCUCAAAAAGAACAUGCAAACGGUCAUCAAGGAUAAAUCAAAGAUUGAGGAGACAAUUCUCAAACUCGAUGAGUACAAGAAGGAAGCCUUGCACAAGACAUGGACGACGGUUAACCGCGACUUUGGGCAAAUCUUCAACGAACUUCUACCUGGCAGUUUCUCUAAAUUGGAACCGCCAGAAGGCAAGACCAUAUCUGAUGGCUUAGAAGUCAAGGUAAUGCUGGGUAAAGUGUGGAAACAGUCACUGACUGAGUUGAGUGGUGGACAACGCUCCCUCAUCGCUCUAUCUCUCAUCAUGGCACUCCUACAAUUCAAGCCAGCACCCAUGUACAUCCUCGACGAAGUCGACGCCGCGCUCGACUUGUCGCAUACGCAAAAUAUUGGUCGCCUAUUCAAGACGCGGUUCAAGGGCUCGCAAUUCAUUGUGGUUAGUUUGAAAGACGGCAUGUUUCAGAAUGCGAACCGCAUAUUCCGAACCAGGUUUGUAGACGGCACAAGCGUAGUCACAGCAACAUCUGGCUCUGAACGCCAGGGUGAGGACGAAGCUGCAUUCGUUGAGGUUACCCAAUCCAUGCCAUCAGCAUCAUGCUCGCUCCAUUCGCUCGAGCAAGCCGCGCGAAGGGCUCAAAUUCUUUGUUCGCCAGUUCAAUCCAAGCAAGCUACUUCCACAGACAAUACCGCACAGGACAUACCUCUCUCCCACCUAAAACCUACAGCACCGUUGAGACGACACUAUACUACGCUCCAGGAGCACGCGGAUCAUCAUCUGCACGAUGAGGGAACGACGGAAGAUGGUCUCACUCCUCGUCUCGACAAUCGACGGGAAGGGUUCAUGGUAGAGGCACAACCAUCUAUGGCAGAUGAGAGACAGGAUUUUCGAAAUCCGCUACCACCUAAGCAGUGCCGUUCAACCUCGCCGCCUCCUCUUGAAGAGAUACUGCGUCGUAAGACUAUUGACGAUGCGGAUGACAUUCAAAACCUGCAGCUCCAGCGUACCAUCUCGGACGACUUCCAGCUGCAGACAAUUCCCCGAUCCUCGACCACUGAAUCAUCACGACCAGGUACUAGAAGGUCAUCUAUUGCAGAAUUUGCAAGAGGCUUAGUGUCCCGUGUGCCAGAUAUGAGGAUGUUCGCUCCUGAGAAACCAGCUGACGGAACUGGAAUCUUAUGUAGAGGAUCAUCUCAGGAUGCACCAUCGAAUAGAGUCAGCCGGAAAGAUCGCAAACUCUCGUUCGCGCCAUAUCGCACUAGAAUGGCGAAGCAGUCGUAUGCAACGGAAUCUGGCCUUUCUAACACGCGCAAGGAGCUAUCGAUUGCCACAAGCCCAAUCACUCCCAAGAAACCACCUCUGAAGAGGACGGUUGGUAGUGGUCUGAGAGAUCGAAGGAAAGUGAAAUUAGACCUUCCUUUAUCUGUGGAUUCAUCGAGCUUACCUGCUCGUGGUCGCUCAACGGGUAUUGAUCUGAAUGGUCUAAUUCCUUCACACCCACGUAGUCCCAAGACACCAUGGAUACGGAAUGAGCCACCUAAUUGGGAUCCUACGCCUCUUGUCAAAUCCAUGCCAAUCAUGGAAGAAGAUUACUUCCUGCCCAGUAUCGUGGGAACGGACUCUCGCAGUCACGGCGGCAUGGGCCUUUUGCCAGGCUCCGAUCCAAUUUUCUCGUCCCCAUUGAUGCCAAUGGACCAACCUGCUACAAGAGUACGUGACCGUUGCUAUAUUAACCGCCCCAACUUCUCUAGAUCUCGCAGUGGUCGAAGUGGUCGCAGCGGUACAAGUGAGUCAAUGCUUGCAUUCACACCAAACACGACGCAAUCACCAGAGGAGUUGAGAGUACAAGGGGAACAGCAAGCCCGUCUGAAAGGUGAACUUCUAGAGUUGGGACAGAACACGAGCACGCGACAUGGCAGAGGAUGGUGGAAAACAUCUAGUGAUGAUGGCCGACAAACACCCGAAACCAUAAUCCGUCGCCUCUCUUUCAACUUGUUCAAACGUACCAACCGCAACUCCGAUCAAUCCAUUGACAAAGAUAAGAAGCAAGCAAAAGAAACUUCCACUCGCAAAUGGUACAGCAAACAACCUGUCCCUAUCUUGAACAAGCCCGCAGGCCUAGAAAGGAUGAUUGUUCCACCGGUGUUCAUUCCUCCAGAAGUAAAUCGCGUCCCUACACCUCCCAUGUUUGACGCAGACGGUGAGGUCAAAGGAAAGCUUGCAGACUUCUUCUUCGACGUGCAAAGUGGAGCCGCACCACGUCGUAACAGGCCCAAAUUUAUCCCCGGCGGUUACUGGGACUCUGAUGCGUUGUUGAUAAGCUUAACAACCGACCUCAAUCUUGGGGAAGACGACGAGGAAGCAGACGAAGGCCCUGAAGGUCCCAAAGACGAAGACGCUCCUACAUCUCUCCAGUUCGAACUCAACGGUUCACCAAGACUUACCACGAGGGAACACAGCAGUCACCCAAGCGCCGCGAGUAUGCAUCCUGGCGUUCCUUCCCGCCUACUUCGAAAUGAAGCCUUGUUCCGCAUCCCGCACGGAGAAAUCCUCUCUGAGCGUACCCUCAGCGUCCUAGCCCGCCAAGAAGACGAAGAUCGCAGGAAAUUCGAGUGGAUGGUGCCAGAACACUAUCCCACGAGUCCGCUAUGUCCACUGCACGAAAUGUACAAGGGUCCGUGGACGGGGCUGUGCUACUGGCAUGGAAAACGACAGAGUGAUAGAGUGAUUCUGAGAGGGGAAUACGCAAGUGGACGGGAUAAGAACGGUAAUUUGAAGCCAUUGGGUAAUGCGGUUAAGGCGAAUGCGAAGAAUGCUGCGGUGGUCCAGAGCCAGGCACCUUGGCGGGGAAUCAGGGUCGGGGAAAUCGGCAUGUGUGAAGCAGUGCCCGCGGAGAGCAAGAGAAGGAGGUUGGCUAGUUUGACCAUUUAG